AUGGCGUCCCCUUCUGCUGCUCAACAGCAACAGCAACAGCAGCAGCAGCACGGCCAAGGACUCCCAUCCAUCAGCAGCCUCACCAAUGGCCUGCCUCCAUCAGCGCCCAUCUCGCCCGACCAGCAAUCUCCUCCAGACUCGACGCGGGACUCGGGAACUUGGCCUCAACCGCACAACAGCAAGCACAAUUCUGCCAACAGCCAAGGACUCCAAGUACACACCCUACUGAACCCGGAUGAAUCCCCGUCACGACAGUCUGUGCCUAACACACCACUUUCAGCCAGAGUGCCGAACUCCGCCCAGUCUGUCGGCUCUGCUUUGCCUUCAAUCAAUCAAGGCUUCCACGAUGGAAGGCCAGACAGCUAUAACCGCGACAGUCUGGGAAGCGAACUUAACCGAAACAGUUAUAAUCGCGACAGCCUUGGACGGGAACUUAACCGAGACAGCUACAAUCGCGACAGCACACACCUGGACUCGCGUCGCAGCAGCGUCGACAGCCGGAUGCAUCAAACAUUCAACAACCUGUAUAUCAACCAACCGCAGUCACCGUACGAAAGUGCAAACACGUCACAAGUAUCUCUAGCUGCCAGCUUACGCCGACCCAAUGGACAAACACCAAUCUCGCCGCUGUCUGGACGUUCGAAUCCACGGCACAUGGCACCACGAAUUGCACCUCCAAUCAUGCCUGUAGGACGUGGCCCAGGUUUACCCGAUCCUACAGCAGCAAAGCCUACACAAGGUUUCGCAUGGGCUUUUCCCGACAGUGCAAUCCCAGAGGAGAGGCGAGGCUCAGACAGUGGUGAAUCCAGCGUAGGUGGAGUAUCGAGACAGAACAGUUUCGCGGCAUCGUCCGUACGGAGCAGCAUCUUCUCGACAGACUCGCAAAUGCCCGGUGGGCAGAGGCGAUUUGGCGAUGAUGAAGCUGGCACAACACAUCAUCAUUCUAUGCAACAUCGAACUAUCCAGAGCCUACAGAACCAGGAAAUGACACCUCAGGGCGUCGGCAACUACAGUCGAACUCCCGAGCUACGUGUCAGUCACAAACUUGCCGAACGGAAGCGCAGAAGUGAAAUGAAAGAUCUUUUCGAGGAUCUGAACAAGGCUGUCCCUUCGAACGGCGGCACCAAGGCGAGCAAAUGGGAAAUUCUUACCAAAGCAAUCGAGUACAUACGUCAGACACAGCAUCAAGAGCGACAACUCCACCAGGAGGUACAGCGACUACAAAGGGACUCUGAGUAUGGCCGUGAAGCGCAUAAGGAGAACGAGAUGCUCAAGACGGAGGUCCAAGUCAUGCACCAACAUCUUCGCCGUCUUGACCCGAACGCUCCUCACGUCUAUGGUCACUUCACGUCUCAGCUCAGUCAGCAGCAGACGCAAUCGCAGGCCAACGGCAACUCUGGGAUCUCGCUGCCACCUCUUAACCCGGCCCAGCCCGCUGGCCAAGCUGCUGGAUUCAGCAGCGUUCCUGCAGCCGCGCCUAUGCAAGGCGUCGAGUACGGCGGAUACGGAAGGUAG